GUAUGAUGAUAAUAGUUUGAAUAACAACAAGUCACCAAAAUCAAGCUAGCUAGGGUUCAAAUUCCUGUUAAUAAUCAUAUAUCUCUCUCUAUAGCUCUCACACAAGAUUCAUACAAUUAAUUACCAAUAUAAUUAAUCAUGGUGUUGGUGGUAUUUGAAAAGCAAUACAUAGAUUUGUUGUUAGUCCCAAGUGGCCUUCUCUUCAUGUUUGCUUAUCACAUCUUCUUGCUCUAUAGAUACCUCCACACCCCUCACACCACAGUCAUUGGUUUCGAAAACAAUGACAAGAGAGCCUGGGUUGAAAAGAUCAUGCUACAAUCCUCCGACACCAACGCCGCCACCGUCACCACCGCGCUUGACGUUCUCUCCUCCAACAACACCGGCGCCACCUUUCUUGCCACCGUUUGUUUGACGCUCAGCUCUCUCAUCGGGACGUGGAUGGCCAAUAAUUCCACCAUCUUCUGCAGUGACUUGAUCUACGGUGACACGAGGCCGGCGACGAUGGGAGUGAAGUACAUAAGCCUGCUGGUGAGCUUUCUGCUGGGGUUUUCAUGCUUCGUCCAAGCGUCGAGGAACUUCCUGCAUGCAAACUAUCUGAUAAGCAUGCCGGACGCCGACAUUCCGACCAGCUACGUCGAGUCGGUGGUCAUUCGUGGAGGAGAGUUUUGGUCUCUUGGGCUUAGAUCUCUCUAUUUCGCCAUCGUUUUGCUGUUCUGGUUCUUCGGACCCAUUCCCAUGUUCGCCACCUCCGUUGCCAUGGUCUUCCUACUCCAUUAUCUUGACCGGAACACCACGCCGUUGCACAAUCACCGGCGAUCUUCCGGCGGCCAUGUCAAGCAACUCUUGUGACCAAAGCAACUCUUCAGCAUAUCCUGUUUUGUACUGUAUUAUUAUUUCUAUCGACCUUUGUUUUCUUUUUUGAUAAAUAAUUGUAUUUUCUACUUUGAUGGAUAAUUGAUUGCAACGACAAUCAUAUGCCAAUCAGCCAAUGUUAAUUGUCAUGUUGAAGAAUUUAUUAAUAAUAAGUUGUAUUUUACGUGUAAAAUUUGAGUGAUUUUU